AUGACCUCCUCUUUGAUGAACAACUUGUCAAGGAAUCAACAAAGACACAAUGAUAAUGUUUCCCAACAAAAUAUUUCAAAUAUUUCUCUCCUUAACUCCUCUAGACCAAACUUACAUAUCUAUAAUAACAAUGUAUCAAACACCCAUACUAUGAACAGUGAAGCAUAUGUAAUUAGAAGUGAGAUUCUUUUGGAUUUGUUAGACAAUUCAAAAAAUAUAUUGAAUCAAUUUAGAGCUAAAAUAGAUAAUGGCUACAACUUUCAAUACCCAUUUCCUACAAAUUGUAUUGAGUAUGGCAGAAGAAACAAUAACAGGACUGUGAAUGCUGGCAUGAUCACUUCAAUGUUUAAUGCAAAACUAAACAAACCUGUAUUAAUUUUCAACUCUUCAAUCUCCAAAUCAAUCAACGAAUCAAUCCUUCUCCAAUUACUUAAACGUGAUGAUUUGAGAAUGAAUGAAAUCAAGCUGUUGGAUUAUUUGAUUCAAUGGGGUGUAACCAACCUUGACAUUAAUUGUAAUGAUGGUAAUGUUGUUGACAGUGUUUCAAAUUGGACACAGAAUGAAUUUGAUGCAUUGGAUUCUAUUUUGAAAAAUUGUAUCGGUAAUAUUAGAUUUGAAAAUAUUAAUCCACAAGAAAAUAAUAAUAAUCCUAAAAUUAGUAGAAUCAUACCAAAAAAUUCUAAAAUGGCUAUAUUUUGUGCUGAUAUUAGGGGUCCAUGCUUUGGUGGCAAUGAUUUGUGUAUGUCAAAUAUGAACAAUUUAAAUAAAGAUUGCACUAGUAACCUUACUUAUUAUGAUUCUGAUGUCAUUAAAUCAAACAAAUUUGAUGUGCUAGAUUAUGAAGUUUUCCAGGUUGUCAGGAAGAAAGAAACUACAAAACUGAUAAAUGGUUGA